AUGGCCUAAGCACGUGCUCUCCCGCUCUCGGCUCCGGAAAGCCGGCCUGACGCAGAUGACGCAUAAAAUCAAAGAUGUUAUGGCGCUGGCUGUGGAGUUUCAGUCGAGGAGUGAGAUCACCUGGCGGAGGAGCCGUUGCAGGCCUUUUCCGCUCUCGUCUUCAGGAGGGGGAGUCCUUGCUUCUCGGCCAGGAGUCUACGCAGACGGAUAGCAGGAGCUGGCAUGGCAAGCAUCAGCACAAAACCUUUGGAAACAGGAACGUCUACUGCUAUACUCCAUUAGAAGCCUUCACUUGGAGUACGUUGGCUGCUCUUGCUUUGGAAUUAACCAAACAGGUCCAUUGGCUGCGUUCUGGGCAAUCAGAUGGAAGGAAUACCAGAGUUUGUCAGUCAGAGCCAAAGAUUGCUGAUUUGUCCCAACAUCAGCGCUCAGUCAUCCCCACAGCCCUAUCUCCUUGCUCCAGAGAAGAGGAUCAACAAUUCUUGGGAUUGGACUCUGGCCAGGCACUGAAAAAUCUAUCUUCCAGCAGUUCUUGGCCAAAAAAUUAUCAACUCUGUUCGGAAACAGGGAGUUUCAUCUUCCCUCCUAGUACCAGCUUUCAACCAGAUUCUUCCCUACUGAAUUUGAAGGGCAACUUAGAAGAGGAAGAAGCUGUUAAAGGAGCUGCUUCUCAAGUGCAAAAAGCAUUUCAAACCAGCAUUUCAAUGGCAUCCAACAUCCUUGGGCUUGAAAACAUGCAAGCUGAGCAGUACAAAAUGGCUUUUUCCUGUUUCAAGCUGGCUGCAGAUCAGAACUAUAGCAAAGCCCAGUACAACGUAGGCUUAUGCUACGAACAUGGAAGAGGCACUACAAAGAACGUGGCUAAGGCAAUCCUCUAUUACCAGCGGGCAGCUCAUCAGGGACACCUUCUGGCCCAGUACCGCUAUCUUAAAUGGCUUCUCUGCUGCUGGUACAAAACAGCCAUGCAGAACUGGGUUGAAUUACCACUGGCAGAAAGAACCUGUCUGUCCAGUCCCUGCCUUCAGAGCCUUGAUCAGCCACCGACAUCCCACUUCGGACAGCCAGCUGGUGGCCUGCUUCGCUCAUGGAGCAUAGGACACUUGGAGGAUAUGGCAGAUAGCUGUGAACUGCAAGGCUAUUUGGGGUUCCCUGAUGAUCUCUCCACCAAACUACAGCCUUUCCCCUGCUCUUCAGGAAUAGUAGUUGGUUGACAUGGAUCAUAAGGAAACUUCCUUUUCAGAAACUUGAAAAAUGAUGGUUAUGGUCCUGACUUAGUUUUUAUGGGAUCAGAACCAGUUAGACAUUUCAAAGUUAUAUUUAAUCAUCUCCUAAAUGUCUACCUUCUUACCUGGUACUGAGGUAAGAAGUUGUUAUCUGAAUAUUAUAACCAAACCCAGCUUUGAUGGACUAUUUCAUCCUACAAAUUUCUGCUCUCCUUAACCUGAGGAGAGCAGUAUUAAUAUGCCGUGAGACAACAUCCCUAUAAACUUGCAGAAUUGCCACCAAGCUAACUGCCUUUAUGGUGCUGAUUAAAUGUUUUGGAGAA